AUGGGAAUUUCGUGUAAAGGAUAUGAAGAACAGUUCAAGGCACUGAUUACAGCCAUUGAGGCAGGACAACAUGCUUGUGGCGGUACUCAAGGGGGUAGAAGGUCGUUCAAGUUUGAGAAUAUGUGGUUAAAGAUGGAUGGAUUUGUGGAGAUGGUCAGGCAAUGGUGGAAUUCAUACCUUUUUGAGGGCAAUCCGAGUUAUGUACUGGCUGGAAAGUUGAAAGCUUUGAAGAAGGACUUGAAGAUUUGGAAUGAACAGGUAGUUGGUGAUGUAACUUUACAAAAGAAGAGUUUAUUUCAGGAGUUACAAGGUCUGGAGGGUGUAGGGGAAGAAAAUAUCAGAAAAUGUCAGGUAGUUGCUGAAUUGGAAAGAUUGACUUUAAUGGAGGAAAUUUCAUGGAGACAAAAGUCAAGGGCCUUGUGGCUUCGGGAGGGGGAUAAAAACACAAAGUUCUUUCAUCGCAUGGCCAAUGCACAUAGGAGGUUUAACUACAUUGAGUCUUUGAGCAUAGAUGGAGAUGUAUCUUCAGAUCAGGGUGAGAUAAAAGAACAUGUGGUAGGGCAUUUUGAACUUUUGUUAGAGGAACCUUAUCCAUGGAGGCCCACAAUAGAUGGUUUAGCUUUUGAGGUAAUUGACCAAUAUAGCAUGGAUUGGGUGGAGAGACCAUUUGAGGAGGAAGAGGUAAAACGAGUAAUCAGGAAUAUGAACAAAGAUAAAGCUCCAGGCCCGGAUGGAUUCACAAUGGCUUUUUUCCAGGUUUGUUGGGAGGUGGUGCGAGAGGACGUAAUGCUGGUUUUUCAGGAAUUUUUCAGUCAUGGAAGAUUUGAGAAAAGCUUAAAUGCUACUUUUAUUGCACUAGUCCCUAAAAAGGCCGGUGCAAGAGAGGUACAAGAUUUUAGACCGAUUAGUCUUGUGGGCAGUGUGUAUAAGAUACUUGCCAAAACUCUUGCUAACAGGAUGAGCACGGUCAUGGAGAAGAUUAUCUCUAAGUCUCAAAAUGCUUUUGCAAAUGAAGGGCAUAUACAAUCUUUGAAGGCCAUCUUACUAUGUUUUGAAGCGGUAUCCGGGUUGAAGAUUAAUCUUGCAAAGACGGAGAUGGUUGCGGUUGGAGAAGUCAGAAAUAUUAGAGGGUUGGCGAAUAUUUUGGGAUGUGGGGUUGUUUCGUUGCCAUUGAAGUACCUUGGGUUACCGUUGGGGGCUUCUUUCAAAGCAAAGACAAUUUGGGAAGGGGUGCUGGAAAAAUUUGAGCGUAGGUUGGCCGGGUGGAAAAGGUUGUAUCUCUCUAAAGGGGGGCGAAUCACACUUAUGAAGAGUAUCUUAUCCAAUCUCCCCACUUAUUACUUAUCUUUAUUUCCCCUCCCCGCAAGUAUUGCUUCUCGAAUAGAGAAACUUCAACGGGAUUUUUUGUGGAGUGGGUUAGGAGAUGAGCGUAAGUUCCAUCUAGUAGGGUGGGAAAAUGUAUGUUCCCCUUUGAGAGACGGUGGGUUGGGGGUCCGGAAUGUGAGGGCGUUCAAUAAGGCCCUAUUAGGGAAAUGGUUAUGGCGUUAUAACCAUGAGAGGGGGGCUUUAUGGAAAGGGGUGGUGGAUAUGAAGUAUGGAAGUGAAAGAUGGGGUUGGUGUUCUAAAGAGGGUAGGGGGACAUAUGGAGUGGGGCUAUGGAAGUUUAUUCGAAAAGGAUGGGGCUCUUUUGCUAGUAACACUCGUUUGCGUUUGGGGGAUGGUAGUAGGAUCAGCUUUUGGCAAGAUGUGUGGUUGGGAAACACGGCCUUGAAGGAUGCUUAUCCUAUGAUUUUCAGAAUUGCACGGGAAAAAGAAGCUAUGGUGGCUGACUUGCGGGUUCUUAACCAAGGCACACAGGAGUGGACUAUCAACCUCACUCGGGAUGCACACGAUUGGGAAGUGAAUGAGCUGGUGGGAUUUCUGAGCAUGCUGUACAACAUUACCACUGCUGCCACUUUGGAAGAUACGAUGGUUUGGUGCCCCUCUAGGAAAGGGAAAUUUUCGAAAAAGUGGGGAAACGGUGGACCAUUUACUUCUUCAUUGUGA